AUGGCUAAAUUCGACUUGAUUAUUCUCAAUAGCAAGGUUGUCACGGCCAGUGAUAUCAGUACUUGCUGUAUUGGAAUAAAGAGUGGGAAAAUCCGGACAUUGGUUGAUGAAUUCACGGCCGAUGAGUUGCAGGGAGUCGAAGUGAUAGAUGCAGAAGGUGCAUAUGUCAUGCCUGGUGGCGUUGAUGCCCAUGUCCAUCUUUGCCAAGAUCUUAAGACCGGGCCUCAUGGUCUGGGAGGAGAGUGCGCCGACAACUUCGAGACCGGUUCCAGAAGCGCCGUGGCCGGGGGAACCACGACCAUGAUCACGUUUGCGACUCAAACGCGCGCAGAGGAAGAUCGUAGUCUUCUAAGUGUAGUCGAGGCAUACAACGCUCGAGCAGAAGCUACGGGCAGUUAUGCUGACUAUGGAUUUCACAUUAUCAUUGUCCGAAAUGACGCCGAUGUGUUGGAGAACGAACUACCUAUUUUGAUGAAAGACUGGGGCAUUUCUAGUUGCAAACUAUUCUUGACUUACGAAACUCAAAAAAUGACGGACUCGCAGCUUUUGGAUGUGAUGUUUGCUGCCAGAAAGAAUCUCAUCACUACUAUGGUUCAUGCCGAGAAUGGGGAUAUGAUUCGGUGGCUGACGGACAAGCUUGAGAGCAAGGGAAUGGUCGCUCCUUAUUACCACGCUUUGUCACGUCCACCUCUGGUUGAAGCGGAGGCUACCAAUCGAGCUAUUGCUCUUGCCCAUUUGAUUCAGAACCCGAUUCUAUUCGUUCACGUGGGAUCGGCACUCGGCGCGGCCAGUGUGCGGAAGGCACAAACAAUGGGACUGCCCAUCUAUGCGGAAACAUGCCCACAGUACUUCCACUUAACAUGGAAUGAUUUGAAACGAUUCCAUUCUCCCACUUGCUUUGAAAAUAGCAAGAUGAUCUGCUCUCCGCCGCCACCUCCCGAUGCAUCGGACCAGGAAGAUUUAUUCACUGGUCUUCAAAAUGGCACCUUCACGAUCUAUUCAUCGGAUCACUGUCCCUUCCGCUAUGACCAUCCGAAUGGGAAACCGUCGGGCGUUCUUGAACAUAAGCCGAGUAUGGAGGGAGAGAAGCACUGUCAUGGAGAUGAGCUGCAGGAUCUCCUCAAGCGGAAGAAAGGAAGCUUCAAGUUGAUCCCCAAUGGUAUCCCAGGGGUUGAGACACGACUGCCAUUAUUAUAUACUGGGGCUUUGGCAACAGGUCGGAUAACCCCACAGAAGUUUGUGGAGCUUACGUCAACUAAUCCCGCAAAGCUGUAUGGGCUAUAUCCCACCAAAGGGACUAUCAUGCCUGGAUCCGACGCAGAUCUUGUCAUCUGGCAUCCCGAUACAGAAUUCACGCCUUUCCGUUUGACUAACUCUAUGCUUCACCACAAUGUUGAUUACACACCCUAUGAAGGCACGGAGUUUGUCAAUUGGCCUAAAUACACUAUUUUGCGAGGCAAUAUUGUGUGGGCCAAUGGUAAACUGCAAGGAAAACCUGGAGAUGGGAAGUACUUGAAGCGUGGCCCCAGCCAGCUGAGUCGAUCAUUUUCCAAGACGAGUGUGGAUCCACGCUAUGUCGCUUCUUGGCUUUACGAGUGA